AUGGCCAGCUCAAUUCUUCGCAUGCGGGCCCUCGGGGCGGCGCGCCAGGUGCGCAGCUUCAGCUCGACCCCGCGACAGCUCGCCGCCGAGGUCAAGAGCCUGGGCGUCAUCGGCGCCGGCCAGAUGGGUCUCGGCAUUGCCCUCGUCGCCGCGCAAAAGGCCCAGGUCCCCGUGACGCUCAUUGACACGUCCGACAAGGCCCUCAGCAAGGGCAUCGCCUUUGCCGAGAAGCUGCUGGCCAAGGAUGUGUCCAAGUCGCGCAUCACGCAGGAGCAGGCCGACAAGGCGCGUUCCCUCCUGACGCCGAGCACCAAGAUGGAGGAUCUCUCCGCCGUCGACUUUGUCAUCGAGGCCGUCCCCGAGAUCCCCAAGCUCAAGUUCGACAUCUUCCGCAACCUCGCCGAGGUCUGCUCCAAGCACGCCAUCCUCGCCACCAACACGUCCUCCAUCUCCAUCACCCGCAUCGCCGCCGCCACGACCACCGACCCGACCGACACCUCGGCCUCGUCCCGCGUCGUCUCCACCCACUUCAUGAACCCCGUCCCCGUCCAGAAGGGCGUUGAGAUUAUCAGCGGCCUGCAGACCAGCAAGGAGACGCUCGACACCGCCGUCGAGUUCUGCAAGCGUAUGGGCAAGGUCACCUCGGUGUCUGCCGACUCCCCCGGCUUCCUUGCCAACCGCAUCCUCAUGCCCUACAUCAACGAGGCCGUCAUCUGCCUCGAGACGGGCGUCGGCGACCGCGACUCCAUCGACGCCAUCAUGAAGAACGGCACCAACGUCCCCAUGGGCCCGCUCCAGCUCGCCGACUUCAUCGGCCUCGACACCUGCCUCUCCAUCAUGAAGGUGCUGCACGAGGAGACGGGCGACUCCAAGUACCGCCCCAGCGUCCUGCUCGGCAAGAUGGUGGACGCCGGCUGGCUCGGCAAGAAGAGCGGCAAGGGCUUCUACGACUACUGA